AUGCUUCAAGGAGAAGAGCUUCUCUGCAAUGCAAUCAAUGGUACGAACUUCUCGACUGGUAGCAAUACCUGGACGGCAUUGUGCGACAUGGACUUUAUUGGUCAAGACAUCUAUCCAUUCAUUCGAGCGGGAGACUACGUGGAAUGGUUUGUGUGGGCGCCUGACCGUUCAACCCUCGAAAAUGAUUGCUAUCUCAAGAGUGGUCUGAACGAUCCAGUAUAUCCAGCCACCCUGCAUCUUGUUGGUGCAAGCUUGUGGCCUACACCAGCUCCGACUCCUGCAAAACAAGCAGUUUCAGCCUCGACUACAUCUCCUUCCACAAUCAGUGAAACUAGCUCUGAAAUACCUUCACCACAGGAGUCUUUGUCAGUCCAAGAUGUGCAUGCAGAAAAGCAAGGCAAGAUACCGGUGGUCACAGAAUCCAUGUUCCUGGGCACUUCUGUCGACGAAAAUCCUUCUCAAUAUGUCAGCCAUGUUCCAGCAAAACCUCAACAACUUGCAGCCGAUGUCCUCGUAGCCGGCAUCAAUGUUGACCUAAUUACUGGCUACCCACUGGCCGCUGAUACCGGUUCGUGGACAAGCAGCGAGGUGACAACCAACGUGCUUUCGAACAUGAAAGUAGUUCCUCGAAUCUCCCGAGAUGGAGGUCGAGGAGGAAAGAUUAACGGCACCAACUUCUUCGUCUUCUGCGACACCUCUACUUAUGGUCAGGAGAAGGACCCUAUCCUCGGCUACCUCAACGGCUUUGUUUCAAGCAGUAUUGCUGUCGAUGAAACCCUGAAUGGUCUGGACGGGAAGCCACUGCAUCUUGUCAAUUCUAUUGGUCAGUGGCAGGAUGAUGUGGGCCGCAUGCGUGGCUGGGUACCUAUGACAACAGGUGAGGAAGCCUUCAACAUUGCGAUUUCAGGACAAGGUUAUCGUUAUGCAGUCUGGCCGAACUCGAGCCCGACUUCCCUCAACAGUACUCACGCAGUCAUGUAUGCACCACUUGUAUAUCUCGAAGUUGAUAUGCAAGACCAGUCUAGUCCUAGAUAUACUAGUCUCGGCAAUACCCUUCUCCUCAUCUCUGUCGAUCCGACCUAUGGUCCUCAUGCAGAUAGGCUUUACAAUCAGUUCUUCACUAGACCCGAAGUCGAUUGGGGUUCCUUAGGCGGUAUUCGAGCAUGGUCUUCUGCUGGCCCUGGUUCUCCUGGCGGCGACAUCUACCUCUUUGGCGAAGCAGAACAAGGGAUCCUCCUAGGCAAGAUUGCCGCUCAGGACUUCGACGAUCGUCACAAAUAUCUUUACUGGAACGGCAAUUCCUGGUCUGGUGACAUGCCACCCCCUGGUUCCUCGGCUGAUGCCUUUAUGAUCAACCAAACAGUCGCGAGUAUGGAUAUAGUCUAUUCACCUGCUCAUAGGACCUUCGUUAUGGUCUACCUCACUCAAGGGGUGGACAACACAUUCUACUACCGCUACCUGGUCGGCAAGGACAAAUCUACGUUGAAUAUCAUUCCUCCAUAUGAGGAUGGUGGGGACACCAACUACGUGGAGAAUCUAGUCACAAAUGCAUGGUUGGAUCAGAAGAUCCUCUUCACAGUACCUACUCCUGAACGUGGCUAUGCCUAUGCUGGUGGUUUGCACUCUGGGUACUUUGGUAAUGAUGACAUUGCCAACGGUGGCUACAAGAUGCUACUUACUUGGACAGAGCAUACGAUCGUCGAUCCAGACGAUCCUGCCAGUGGCUACGCUCAUAAAGCACAGAUUGUUGAGCUUGGAUAG